GGGGUUUGCAUUUGCAGGGGAAGGAGGACUGGGAGGGGUGCAGAGAAGCUGCAGGAGGAGGGGAAAGCCUUGCAGCAGCCGGAUCCCGGGAGGUCUCCUUGGAAGAAGAAGGUUUUCUUCAUAGCCCAGUGAAUAAAGGCAUGUUUUCAUAGACAGAGGAGAAGGAGAUGGAAGAGCAGGACCCAGCAGGACCUGGAACUGGCAAAGGAGCAAGGAAAGGCCCCCAUCCCAUCCAAUCUGGAAGUGAUGUUGAAUUCUGGGAAAGGGCUGGGCCAGAGAUCUUGGCUAAGGACACCAUGACUUCAGACGGAGAUUGCAGACGCUUCUGGCUGUUCCGCUACCAUGAGGCUGAUGGGCCCCGAGAGGUUUGCAGCCAGCUCCAUGGACUUUGCAACCAGUGGCUGAAGCCAGAGAGGCACACCAAAAAACAGAUCCUGGACCUGGUGAUCCUGGAGCAGUUCCUGACUCUCCUGCCCCAGGAAAUGCAGGGCUGGGUCAGAGGAUGUGGGCCAGAGACCAGUUCCCAGGCGGUGGCCCUGGCCGAAGGUUUCCUCCUGAGUCAGGCAGAGGAGAAGAGGCAGGCAGAACAGAUGCAGGGACCACCUUUGGAGAUGGAAGCUGCAAUCCCUGAGGCAGAAGGGGCUUCCUUGGAGCAGGGGCAGAGGGGGCAGGCGGUGGAGCGUGCCCAAGAUGCCCUCUCCUGUGGAACAGGCAGUGAAGAGAUGCUGUUGAGCCGUUGUCUUUUCCAAGGUGUGGGAACAGUCGCUGCACCUCCAAUCCAGGGUCCCUUUUCCUUGGAGGAGGUGUCCAUCUCUUUCACGGAGGCAGAGUGGGCCCUUCUGGAUCCAGGACAAAGAGCUCUGUACAGGGAAGUCAUGCUGGAGAACUAUGGGAACGUGGCCUCUCUGGCAGAGGAUGAUCAGAGGAAUGAGGAGGGUGAGAAACUUCAUCAGGAAAUGCCGGAUAAAGUUAAAAAUCAAGGCUUGAACGAAAAUGUUAGGAAUCCAAUCAGACUGAAGAGAAAGAAAGGUGACUGUAAGGCUGAGAAGCGUGAGGGAAGACAGUGGAAUAUACAUUUUCCAAAGCACAGGAAAAUGAAAGCAAGCAAAUCCAUUCAGUGCAGAAAGUAUUUCAGAAAUAGAUCACAGCUUCUUGUGUAUCAAAGAAUAAAGAGACAAGGGAAACCUGAAUACUCAACGACCAGAAAUACAUUCAGUCUCAGUAGUAAUAUUCAACAGCAUCAGAAAGCCCACACAGGGGAGAAACCUUUUGAGUGCUCAGAAUGUGGAAAGAGAUUCAUAUGGAGAGACAGUCUUAAAAAGCAUCAGAGAACCCACACAGGGGAGAAGCCUUUUGAAUGCUCAGAGUGUGGAAAGAGAUUCAGUCAGAGUAGCAAUCUUCAAGAGCAUCAGAGAACCCACACUGGGGAAAAGCCUUUUGAAUGCUCAGAGUGUGGAAAGAGAUUCAGUCAGAGUGGCAGUCUUCAACAGCAUCAGAGAACCCACACAGGGGAGAAGCCUUUUGAAUGCUUGGAGUGUGGAAAGAGAUUCAGUUGGAGUGGCAAUCUUCAAAAGCAUAGGAGAAUCCACACAGAGGGGAAGCCUUUUGAAUGCUCAGAGUGUGGAAAGAGAUUCAGUCAGAGUAGUAAUCUUCAAGAGCAUCAGAGAACCCACACAGGGGAAAAGCCUUUUGAAUGCUCAGAGUGUGGAAAGAGAUUCAGUCAGAGUGGCAGUCUUCAACAGCAUCAGAGAACCCACACAGGGGAGAAGCCUUUUGAAUGCUCAGAGUGUGGAAAGAGAUUCAGUCAGAGUAGCAAUCUUCAAGAGCAUCAGAGAACCCACACAGGGGAGAAGCCUUUUGAAUGCUCAGAGUGUGGAAAGAGAUUCAGUCGGAGUGACAGUCUUCAACAGCAUCAGAGAACCCACACUGGGGAAAAGCCUUUUGAAUGCUCAGAGUGUGGAAAGAGAUUCAGUCAGAGUAGCAGUCUUCAAGAGCAUCAGAGAACCCACACUGGGGAAAAGCCUUUUGAAUGCUCACAGUGUGGAAAGAGAUUCAGUCGGAGAGACAGUCUUCAACAGCAUCAGAGAACCCACACAAGGGAGAAGCCUUUUGAAUGCUUUGAGUGUGGAAAGAGAUUCAGUUGGAGUGGCAAUCUUCAAAAGCAUCAGAGAACCCACACAAGGGAGAAGCCUUUUGAGUGUUUAGAGUGUGGAAAGAGAUUCAGUCAGGGUGGCAAUCUUCAAAGGCAUCAGAGAACCCACACAGAGAAGAAGCCUUUUGAAUGCUCAGAGUGUAGAAAGAGAUUCAGUCGGAGUGGCAAUCUUCAAAGGCAUCAGAGAACCCACACAGGGGAGAAGCCUUUUGAAUGCUCAGUGUGUGGACAGAGAUUCAUGUGGAGUGGCAGUCUUCAAUAUCAUCAGAGAACCCACACAGCGGAGAAGCCUUUUGAAUGCUUGGAGUGUGGAAAGAGAUUUAAUACGAGUGGCAGUCUUCAAAGGCAUCAGAAAACCCACACAGGGGAGAAGCCUUUUGAAUGCUUGGAGUGUGGAAAGAGAUUCAGUCAGAGUGGGAGUCUUCAGCAUCAUCAGAGAAGCCACACAGAGGAGAAAUGUUGUGAAUGAUCAAAGUGUGGAAAGAGACACAAGGGAUAACCUUUUGAAUCCUCAGAGUUUGUCCAUGGCUCGCCGCACUUGGACUUGGAAAUGGCCCUAAGGGAGGGACACCAUCCCCAUGAAUGAGACCACUCUCCCCCCCACACAUACAUUGAACUUCCUGAAGAGCUGUUGGCCCAUCAGCCUCCUUUACUGCAGUGGCAGCUGUUCUCCCAUGUAGCUUGAUGAGGGUAAGGGGAGCAGGCAAUGGGACAGGCCCCAGAAGAAGCAAGGACAGACUACUGCAUUGGAGAAUCCAGAGGGUAGAAACCUUUUGAGUGCUUGGAGUGUGAGAGAAGAUUCAUUUAGACUGGCACUCUUCAGCUGAAUCAAUGAUCCCACACAUGGGGAGGAAAUGUUGAAAAGAGAUUCUGAAAGUGUGACAAUUUUCUAAAGCGUAUAUGAGGUCGUAUAGGGGAGAAACCUUUUGCAUUCUCAGACUGUGGAAAGAGACGCUGUUGCAGAAGCACUCUUUGACAACUGAGAACCCACACAGGGAAGACACAAUUUUAAUGCUGGGAGCUCUGAAAGAGAUUCAGUCAGAGCUGCAUCUAGAAACCCACAGAAGGAGGGUCCAUGUGAGUGCUUAGCCCGUAAAAAGAACUUUCCCCCUAUUUCACACCUAAAAGACAACCACAGACCAUAAAAAGUAUUGAAAAGGUCCCAGCUGCUUCAAAGGGCUGUAAUCUAAGUAAAGGUUCAUGCAUCAA